UAUUGUUUGGCUAUCAAUAGCCAUAUAUAGCAGAACCUUUUCUGAAGGUUAUUUAAAAGCCAUUGAUGCACAUUUCCCCUUGUAAUAUAGUGGUUUUGUUAGAAUGAUGUUAGCCGUGAGGGUCAGAGACUGACAGUGACAUAUUUAGAAUUGCUCCUACGUUUGAAUUGGAUAACAUCUGACUGUAAGUACGUGUUGUGUGUGUGUGUGUGUGUGUGUGUGUGUGUGUGUGUGUGUGUGUGUGUGUGUGUGUGAGAAGUAGACGAUGUAAAUAAACAAGCAUGUUGAAACAACAUCGCAGGACAUAGAAGCUGUUAGAAAACAUCCACAAAUUUUCUAUUAAAAUAUUGGAAUACAGAAAUUAUCUCCUUUAAAAUAACCCUAUUUAAACAUCCAUUGAUGCCACCCAACAUUACCUACUAGUUACAGAAAGUAUUUGAUCAAUUGCAUCUUCAGUAAAAGUUUCAUAUUUGUGAACAUAAUGUUUUGUGUUUCUCCUUUUUAAUUAGGAUGUUCCACCUAGUUGAGUUCACGGUCAACAAAACUGUAGCAGUGGUGCCCGAGAACUGGUACAGUGACGGCGUGACCUGUUGGCCGAAUUAUAAAAGUGAUGCAAGGGUGAACCGGGCAGUAAAAAACGCAGAGGAGCCGGGACCUGACUGGGAAACAUAUGAUGUCCGAAUUCUUAAAUCAAGUGAUCAGUACUUCGAGGCAAGACAACAACUAAAUAAGUCGCUGUCAUGCCACACUUCCGACCUGCAGACAGAGGAGGAGGAAGAGGACGUGCGACCCAAGAGGAAGCCAAAGGCGAUUCAUUUCUUGGGGGAUUCUGAUGAUAGUGAAGACGAACAUCCAAGAAAGAAAUCCAGAAGCCAAUCCAAAACAUCUAUACAGCCACCAGCUCCUGCUAUCCCACCACCACCAUCCCCUGCUGUCAAACCACCACCAUGCCAACAACAAACCUUCUCUGCAAGCCAGGUGCACACACCUGCCUGGCGAGGGAGAAGGUUUGACUCGGGCACCCUUCCCUGUUCUGCCACAGAAGCCCAGAUUUUGGACUUGCUGGAGCAUCUAAAAAAAACAGAUGGAGCAACUGGAAGCCAAGGUUAAUUAUUUAACCAGCAAGCUGGAUGCAACUCCCCAGGAAAUGGAGGUGCAGAUUCCGGUCCAGUUGCCAUUAACUUCAGUGGAGGAAGUGAACACUUUUGAGAACUGGCUCAAAGAUGCUGCACAUUCCCAGCUGAAGCAGAAGUUGAUUUCCUCGCUGGCAGCUAUUGGGGGCCAUGACACAAAACGUAUAACGUGGAACAUCCUGGCACACAUUUUCCAUGAUGAUGUUGGAAAGCAGAUUAACUGGAAAGGUGUCAAUGGGAAGAAGUCUUUCAACCAGAUGGCAUCAAAAACACUGCUCCUGCAUUCUGUGAGAAAAAAUUCCAUCUCCUGCGCUUCCACUGACCACGACAUUUGUAAACAUGCUAUCCGCUGGUUUAACUUGGCAGCAGAUCGAGACAGCUCAAGGCGACGUAGUGGUACACAAGAAGUUCAACCCGCUGACCAGCAUUCAUCUUUUUAACAAAAAUUAGUCUGGUAACACAAUUUCUUAAUACUGUUUGUGUUACUAUUGUUAUACUUUGCUUGCACAUGUAACAGUUUUUUUUAUA